GGGAGGGCCGUCCCCGGACCGCUGCCCCGAGGAGGCUUGGGCCUGCCGCCGACGAGGGCCCCAGGCGCGGCCGCGGGCCGGGUGGGGCCGCGGGCCUUGGGGCGGGAGCCGUGCGUCAUCCCGCCCGAGGUCGGAAACGUUUUGUUUCAAACCGCGCUGGGGCGACGGAACCCGGGCCCACGAGCUCCUGGUUCUGGAGGCGGUUUUUUCUGCCCCUCGGCUGCGUGGGCUUUGUCAUUAAUGCCGCUUGGAAGUCAGGGGGCAACCCGCGGAGUGGGGUGGCGUGUAUCUGAUAACUCAGCAACAAAAAGCCGUUAAAGAGUGGGCAAAGGACUUCAGUGGCUAUUUCUCCUGAGGAGAUGUGCAGAUGGCCCCAGAGCACGUCGAAGGAUGACUCUUAGCUAUCAGCGUUGUGAAAAAGGAAACCAGCAUGCGAUACCGCUUCACACUCGCUAAUAUUGGUAAAAAAAAAAAAAAAAUUCUGAAGUGUUGAUGAGGACCUGGAGAAAUUGGAACAGUCCUGCUUUGCUGUCUGGGAAGUGAAAUGAUGCGGCUAUCAGCUAUGGAAAAUGGUUUAGAAAUUACCAUUUGAAGUUACCAGUAUGAUCCAGCAGUUCCCCUCCUAGGUAUAAAUUCCAAAGAAUUGAAAGCAGAGACCCAGGUCCAACUUCCCAUUUUUGCCCUUCAUGUACUAUACGUUGUUUUCUGUGGUCUAGUCAAAACGCCAUGUACACUUGCCUGCGCUUUGAAGACCAUUUUAAAGAAUUCUUCUAAGACAACUGCACUGUUUUUAAAGAAUAAAAUCGUGUAUGCUAGAAAAAUGGAAGUAUUCCAGGAACUUCAUAAGACGUCGGCACAUUUGGAGUGUGACCACUGCAGUUUCAGAGGCACAGACUAUGAAGAUGUACAAAUCCACAUGGGUGCCACCCAUCCAGAAUUCUGUGAUGAAAUGGAUGCCGGUGGGUUAGGUAAAAUGAUAUUUUACCAGAAAAGCGCAAAGCUGUUUCACUGCCAUAAAUGCUUUUUCACCAGUAAGAUGUACUCUAAUGUAUACUAUCACAUCACAUCUAAACAUUCGGCCACAGAGAAAUGGAAUGAGAAGCCAAAAAAUCAGUUCAACAAAGAAGCAGAACCUGUGAAAAGCCCCCCUCUUCCUGAACACCAGAACAUGGCCUCCAGUUCAGCAGAGCUGCUGAAGCCUGCCCCUGCCCUUUCUAUAGAAACACAGAAACUUGGCCCAGUUGUGUCUCCAGAAUCACCAGAACCUGCCCCUCUUCCUUCCCUGGACUCUCAGAAGCUUGGCCUUGUUGUUUCUCCUGAGCCACAGACACCUUCUCUUCCUUCUCCUGAGCCUCCAAAACCAGCCCCUGUCUCUUCUGAACUUCCAAAACCAGCACCUCUUGUUUCUGAAUCUCAGAAACAAGUCCCUGUUCCUUCUCCAGAACCACAGAAACUUGCUCCUGUGUCUCCUGAGCCAAUAAAGGCCACUCUGACUAAUCCCAAACCCCAGAAACACUCCCAUUUCCCAGAAACAUUGGUGCCACCUUCAGCCCCAUCCCCUGAGUCACCAGUACUAGCUGCCUCCCCAGAGCCUUGGGGACCAUCCCCAACUGCUUCUCCGGAGUCUCGGAAGCCAGCCCAGACUGUCUCCCCUGAGCCGAGGAAGCUGUCCCCAUCAGUGUCUCCUGAACCUUGGAAGCUGUUCUCUGCUGUCUCCUCAGAGCCUCGGAGGCCAGCCCCAGCUGUGUCACCAGGCUCUUGGAAGCCAGGGCCACCUGGAUCCCCCAGGUCUUGGAAAUCUAGUCCGUCAGCAUCAUCAGGACCUUGGAAGCCAGCUAAACCUGCUCCAUCUGUGUCUCCCGGACCUUGGAAACCGGCUCCGUCCGUGUCCUCUGCCUCCUGGAAGUCUUCGUCAGUCUCGUCUGGUUCCUGGAAAUCUCCUCCUGCGUCUCCUGAGUCGUGGAAGUCUGGCCCACCGGAGCUGCGAAAGACCACUGCCACCUUGUCACCUGAGCACUGGAAGACAGCUCCUCCAGAGUCUCCUGAGGCUCGCAAACCUGGCCCAACACUGUCCCCAGAGAUCCGGAGUCCAGCAGGGUCUCCAGAGCUCAGAAAGCCCUCAGGGUCUCCUGAUCAGUUUUCUCCUGAUCAGCGGAAAACAUCUCCUGCUUCAGUUGAUUAUCCUGAGUCCCAGAAAAGUUCCCGUGGUGGUCCCCCUGAUCUCUGGAAGUCUUCCUUUUUCAUCGAACCUCAGAAACCUGUCUUCCCUGAGAUCCGGAAACCAGGUCCUUCUGGGCCAUCUGAGUCCCCCAAAGCAGCCUCUGAUAUCUGGAAGCCUGUUCUCUCUGUCAAUACUGAGCCUAGAAAGCCUGCCCUGUUUUCUGAGCCUACCAAAACCGCCCCUCCUGCUUCUCCUGAACCACGAAAACGUGCUCUUUUUCCAGAGCCCCGGAAGCAUGCCCUUUUCCCCGAACUUCCAAAAUCUGCCAUCUUCUCGGAGUCUCAGAAGGCAGUUGAGCUUGGUGAUGAACUACAGGCAGAUUCCAUAGAUGAUCAAAAGUGUGAUGCUCUAGUUCAGGAAGAACUAAUGGCUACACCUAAGAGACUCUUGGAAGACACGUUAUUUCCUUCCUCAAAGAAGCUCAAGAAAGACAGCCAGGAGAACUCUGAUGCUGAGCUUAGUAGCAGUGAGUGUAUUAAAGCAGAUUUGGAUGCAGUAGAUGGUAAGGGCCAAGAAUCAAGCAGUGACCAAGAGCAGGUUGAUGUGGAAUCUAUUGAUUUUAGUAAAGAGAACAAAAUGGACAUUACUAGUCCAGAGCAGUCCAAAAAUGUAUUGCAGUUUACUGAGGAAAAAGAGGCUUUUAUCUCUGAAGAAGAGAUUGCAAAAUACAUGAAGCGUGGAAAAGGAAAGUAUUAUUGCAAAAUUUGUUGCUGUCGUGCUAUGAAAAAAGGUGCUGUUUUGCAUCAUUUGGUUAACAAGCAUAAUGUCCAUAGUCCUUACAAAUGUACAAUUUGUGGAAAAGCUUUUCUUUUAGAAUCUCUCCUUAAAAAUCAUGUAGCUGCUCAUGGGCAAAGUUUGCUUAAAUGUCCACGUUGUAAUUUUGAAUCAAAUUUUCCAAGAGGCUUUAAGAAACAUUUAACUCAUUGUCAAAGCCGGCAUAAUGAGGAAGCAAAUAAAAAGCUGAUGGAAGCUCUGGAACCUCCACUGGAGGAGCAGCAAAUCUGAUUUUUAAACCUGGUGUGGACAUGUGCUCUGCAGAGUUGUUCAUUGACCCCGCUUGUUGAAAGUAUCGGUUAGAGAGCCUGGCUGGGUCGGUAGACCUGACGCUCGGUGUGCUGUGUUUGUCUCAGUGGUGCUACAGAGAGUAAGUGCUUGCUGUUUUUUCCCUGGUCUCUUGCUUAUGUGGCUGUUGUAUAAGUCAAUAAAUGCAUAUUGUGUAUUCCAUAUGGGUAAAAUUUCUCUAAUUUCUCUAGUAUAUUUGAGUAAUAGGAAGAGGUAGGUGUUCUGUAUAACAAGACUAAGUUGUACCCAGUUGGAAACAUCUAGUUACAUCUUUCUUGUGCAACUAAUUUUGGACAGUGGAAAUUAGGCAUGAAAAUUCUGAGAAGUUUUGUUCUCUUAAGUGUGUGUUCAGAUGAUAAAAAUUAUUUUAAAGUUUCUAUUUGGUCAUAAAAUGUUAGUUUAUUAAUCUUGAACCACUUUUAGGUGAUUAUUAGCUUUUAUGUCAUGGAAAUUUGGAGUCUCAGGAUUGCUGAUUUUCUGCUAAAAGAGGGGAAAUUGAGUCAGUUUAAAAUAUAGUUUGCAGUCUUCUCCUGUAGGAAACUGAGAAACAGGGGUGUGAUUUUAGGUCUUGUCCUUUGUUGAUUCCUUUGGAAUCUUCCACUCUACCCUACCCCAGGAUCUGGCCCUUCCCUUCCCUGUGAGCUCAUACCAACAGGUGAUCUUUGCUUGCCAAAUGUGUUACGAGUUGCACCUCCUCCUGGGCCUUACGCACCGUCUUUUGGGGCUUCAGACCAGGGUCAUGAGCAGAACCGAAAGUCUUCCAGAUUCACCACAAAAAGUUUUAUAAACAUUACUGUUUAAGAAUACACCAGUUCUGUGUUUUUCACAGUUGUUACUGUAAGUACUUGGUGCCUGUUUAUGGAUUGUUUUAUUCUAAAAUAUUUUGUCAAAUGUGUAUCAGCCAAAUUAAAGCCAAAUCAAAAACAAAGGCUUCCAUGUUA